UUGAUCGAAAUCUUACCAAUGUCUUACUGAAUUCGAAGCUGGGUUCUGUUGUGUGUAUAUAUACCACCCGAGGAGUUUGUUGGGUCCCCGAGGGCGGGCGGAGCAGUAUUGAAUAGUUAUACCAACUUUAUUAUUUGGGCAAAUGAGUUCAUUAUUUGCUUAAUCGCUUGGAAACAUUUAGAAAACAUCACUGGAAAAAAGUUUGUAGUGAACAUUUGUGGUCUUGGACUUCUUAAUAGUGACAUUGUAUUCAUUUUUCAGAACAGGGUAUGACGUCAAACAGGAAUUGUGGGAAAUGUGGCAAGAAGUGUGACAAUUGCAGUACCCCUGGUGCUGUGCCAUCGACCAGCAGUCUUGGCAAAGCCAAAUACAAAGGCAAACACCCUGUCAAAUACAAAGACUGGGGGUCCAGGGACCCCAGGGACUCCAGUGGCAGUGAUGAGGAGGAGUUCCAGAGGAUAUUCAAAGACAACAAGAAGAAAACGGAAUACAAACGAAAGCAGUAUUUCGACACACCUGGAACAAAAAAGAAGAAAACCAAGAAUCUGGAUGACGUUAUUGUGACGAUGUCAAUCUUGCGACGCAACGUAACCACAAACAACCUUACCACCGUCUAUGACAGUGGUAUUGGCGUCAAAGUGCCUGUAUUUGCCUCAGCUUCCAUCAUUCAGGAGGAGACAGAGAGGAAGCUUAGGGCACUCCGGAAGAUUGUCAGUAGUGAUGGAAAACAUGUACUGACAAACAAGGAUGGGGUUUGGCUCAAGUUCAUCCCUGGCACAAAGGAACAGUUCACCGUUCAGAAAUACAAGGAGCUUAGGGGCCUGCCAGGGUGGAAGAUUCAUCUGUAUCUUUUGCCUGUGAGGGACUACCUGGCGGUGCAAAAAAACGCAAAGGAAAGACGGGACCCACACUGGAAGGAAGCCAGGGAUUUCCUUGACCAUCCAUUUGAAGACACAUGUAAAAAGGAGCCUACAAGUGCAACUUCCAGUGAGGAUGAUGUGCAGAUUGUAGGUGACACAAAAGGAGAGUCUCUGGUGCUGGAAGAAGAUAGCCCAGAAGACUCUCUGGUAGUACAGCUUGGUCAAACAACCAGUCCGUGUUUUGGCCAAAAUGAGGAUACGCUGCCAGUGCAGACAGUACAGUUUGGGCCAAAAACCAGCACGCCACAGGGAGCUAAAGCAAUGACACCACCAUCAGUAAAGCUUCAGGUAUGGUAUUUAGCUCCAAAUUUAUAAUACUGUGCUGUUCAAGCUACAUGGGGAUGUCAUGUCAUGGGUUUUAUAACUAAUUUUUUCAUUGAAUGAAUUACAAUUUGGUACAAAGGUAAAGGCAUAUUAUUCUCUUGAGAUUGAAAUGUAUCAAUUUGUUUUUUAGAUUUGUAUGAGUAAUUGAGUCGACGUCAAGGUGACCACACCCUUACA